AUGUCUGAAUUGGUGAGUCAUCUGAAGAGCAAGGAUGGCCCGAAGGAGGUGGUGCGUCGCUUGAAUAAAAUCAAGACAGGAACACUUAUGACGGUCAAGGACUUGGAGGCAGCUCUGGAUGUGGAAUUUUUGCCAUGUCCCUCUGAGAAGAAGGUGUUGCUGCUCCGGAAGAACCAUGUGAUUAGUGCCAAGGGAAAGAGCUGCCCGGUGUUUAACGUCCUACGAAGUUUUGAAGAUACGGAUCCUGCUACCAUUGAGGAAAUGGAAAUCAAGUCUGCGUUCAGUACGUUAGAGAGUAUGAACAUCGCGAAAGUGAAAUGCUACAAUGAAGCAAAACAGGAGGAGUACAGCCUAGUUAAGUGGGAAGGGUUAGAUGCACGUGGUUAUAAUGAGAUUUGCGAGUCCCUUCAGGAUUCAGGACUGUGCCAUCAGAAUGUAUGCUCACCGACGAAGUUUUUUCGGUUUAAGUAUGACUCGAAAAAAGGAGAGUUUCUUCUCAAGAAGGGGUUCGAGUUCCAGGACGACAUCGAGUUCGACGGCCGCAGAGGCUUCUUUGUGCCCGGGUAUGAAAGCAACCACAGCGGCGACUUAUGCUCCUUUAUCCCCAAAGUCGACACCAAAUUGGCUCUAAAAAUUUGGAAAGAUGCGGUAGCGGGAGCAGAGGCGAUUCAGCAGUCAGGGUGGACUAUGAUCGAUUGGCAUCCCUCCAAGAUCCUUGUGCAACAGCCUGAGGUCUCUGGUCCUGAGACCUCUUUCAAAGUAUGGGACUAUGUCGCUACCCGAAAGAGGUACCACUAUGGCCUGGUGAAUCCUUCCUGGAUCAAUGCUUUGCGAGAGAGGAGGCAGACGGAAUUUACUGAGAAGGACUCCACGGACGUUUUCCUGAUGAUGAUGAUGCUCAUCAUGCAAGAGAGCAAGGCCGACGAAAUUGUCAAGGCUGAAGCCCUAAACAAAGCUAACGAGUGGCUGGAGACCGUAGACAACUUCCAGCAGCUGGCCACUGAGGUCAACGAGUAUGCCGAGGGGCCGAUUGGCGUCGACAGGACGCCCCCGGCGAACAAGCGCCUGGAAGAAGCGUUGCGAAGUCGGCCCAACUCCACAACCCCUCCUGGCAGCUGUACGAACUCGAGCCCGGUAUAUUCCUCGUUGGAGUUGUUAUCAUCAAGGCUUAGCACUGCACUGCCGGACGAGGGGAAAAGAUCAAAGCGUCCAUCUGGUUUCCGGAAGCUGCUGACUAGUCUCUUUGGGCGCGGCUCGAAACGUUUGUGA